AAAAAGAUGGAUCAGGAGUUAUAUGAUGAAUUUGGUAACUACAUCGGUCCAGAACUGGACAGCGAUGAUGAUGAUAAUGAGGACAGUGAUGAGGAGAGAGAGGAACACUUCGGUGAAUAUGGAGCUGAUGAAGAUGAGGAUAUGGAUGCUGAUGAUGCUGACGACGUACCAGAGAUGCAAGUUGUACUUCAUGAAGACAAAAAGUAUUACCCUACAGCUGAAGAGGUUUAUGGCCCUGAAGUGGAGACCAUAGUUCAAGAAGAAGAUACACAGCCGCUAACCGAGCCAAUCAUAGCUCCAGUCAAGAAGAAGAAAUUCUCCAUGGUGGAGCAAGAUUUACCAGAGACUGUAUAUAACAUGGAGUUCCUGGCUGACUUGAUGGAUACGCCUGAUCUGAUCAGAAAUGUCACCCUUUGUGGCCAUCUUCAUCAUGGCAAGACAUCAUUUGUUGACUGUUUAGUGUCACAGACUCACCCAGAAAUCGACGGCAAAGAUGACAAAGAUAUUCGCUACACAGACACACUCUUUACAGAACAGGAGAGAGGUGUCAGUAUAAAAGCCUCACCUGUUACACUGGUUCUGCCAGACUCCAAGAAGAAAUCAUUCCUUGUGAAUGUUUUUGAUACACCAGGUCACGUGAACUUCUCUGACGAGGUGACGGCAGCCUUCAGGAUCAGCGACGGUGUGGUGGUGUUUGUGGAUGCAGCAGAAGGGGUGAUGUUGAACACAGAGCGCCUCAUUAAACAUGCCAUACAAGAAAAGCUUCCUGUCACCAUUUGUAUCAAUAAGGUAGACAGACUGAUACUGGAGCUCAAACUGCCGCCUACAGAUGCAUAUUUCAAGCUACGACACAUCCUAGAGGAGAUCAAUGCUCUCAUAAGUGUUUAUGCUGAAGAUGAAGCGAAUAAGACUGUGUCUCCAUUGCUGGGAAAUGUUUGUUUUGCGAGUUCCUACUACAGAUUCUGCUUCACCCUUGGAUCAUUUGCUAGGAUAUAUGGAGAUACGUAUGGAGGUAUUAAUGAGAAGGAGUUUUCCAGGCGUUUGUGGGGAGACAUGUACUUCAAUAGUAAAACGAGAAAGUUUACCAAGAAACCACCAAACAGUACAUGUCAGAGAAGUUUUGUGGAGUUUAUACUGGAGCCAUUAUACAAACUGUUCUCACAGGUUGUUGGAGAUGUUGAUGAGUGUCUACCCAGAAUGUGUGAUGAACUUGGAAUCUCCCUGACAAAGGAAGAGAGAAAGAUGAACAUCCGCCCAUUGUUACGUAUCGUGUGCAGACGGUUUUUUGGAGAUUUUACUGGUUUUGUUGACAUGUGUGUGGAACAUCUACCUAGUCCAGCUGGCAAUGCAAAGAACAAAAUAGAACAUGUCUACACUGGAUCAAGUGACUCAGAUCUUGCAGAGGUCAUGUGCACAUGUGAUCCUGAUGGCCCACUGAUGGUUCACACAACCAAACUGUUUCCAACACAGGAUGCCACAAGUUUCCAUGUAUAUGGUCGAGUAAUCAGUGGCACACUGUACGCUAACCAGGAGGUAAAAAUUCUGGGUGAGAACUACUCUCUACAGGACGAGGAAGACUCACGGUUUGGUCAAGUGGGGAGACUUUGGAUUUCUGAGGCGAGGUACAAAGUGGAGGUAAACCGAGUGCCUGCUGGAAACUGGGUACUGAUUGAAGGCAUAGACCAGCCCAUAGUGAAGACCGCAACCAUAACAGAUGUAUCUGGUCACGAGGAGGUACACAUAUUCCGACCUCUCAAGUUUAAUACAAACUCUGUAAUGAAGAUUGCUGUUGAACCGGUGAACCCUUCAGAAUUGCCGAAAAUGUUGGACGGAUUACGGAAGGUCAACAAGAGUUACCCGCUCCUGAAUACAAAGGUGGAAGAAUCUGGAGAACACAUUGUGUUAGGAACUGGAGAACUUUACCUCGACUGUGUGAUGCAUGACCUCAGGAAAAUGUACUCAGAAAUUGACAUCAAAGUUGCUGACCCAGUUGUAUCGUUCUGUGAGACUGUAGUCGAAACAUCCUCACUUAAAUGUUUUGCUGAAACACCGAACAAAAGGAACAAGCUGACAAUGAUUGCUGAACCUCUAGAGAAAGGACUAGCAGAGGACAUUGAGAAUGAGACAGUACAAAUCACAUGGCCGAGAAAAAGACUCGGAGAGUUCUUUCAAACAAAAUAUGACUGGGAUUUAUUAGCCGCUCGAUCUAUUUGGGCCUUUGGACCGGACUCAACUGGACCAAACAUCCUAGUGGAUGACACCCUGCCUUCUGAGGUAGAGAAGAGCCUGCUAGGCGCUGUCAAAGACAGUAUUGUACAGGGCUUUCAGUGGGCCACGCGGGAAGGACCACUUUGUGAUGAACCCAUCAGGAAUGUGAAGUUCAAGAUCCUAGAUGCUGUGAUAGCACAGGAGCCAAUACACAGGGGAGGUGGCCAGAUUAUCCCAACAGCCAGAAGAGUGGCCUACUCUGCAUUCCUCAUGGCCACGCCCCGGAUGAUGGAGCCGUACAAUUUUGUGGAAGUUAUGGCCCCUGCUGACUGUGUAUCUGCAGUAUAUACUGUGCUGGCACGACGAAGAGGACACGUUACCCAGGAUGCACCAGUACCAGGUUCACCUCUCUACACAAUUAAAGCCUUUAUUCCUGCCAUCGACUCUUUCGGAUUUGAGACUGACCUUCGGACACACACUCAAGGUCAGGCAUUCUGUCUGUCAGUGUUUCACCACUGGCAGAUCGUACCUGGUGACCCCUUGGAUAAGAGCAUUACUAUCAGACCAUUGGAGCCACAACCAGCCACACAUCUGGCCAGGGAAUUCAUGAUCAAAUCACGCCGGAGAAAGGGUCUGAGUGAGGACGUUAGCAUCAAUAAGUUCUUUGAUGAUCCUAUGUUGUUGGAGCUGGCGAAACAGGACGUGAUGCUCAACUAUCCAAUGUGAUCAGGACGACCAUUGUUCACUCCGAGAACGUCGUGCUAACUAUCUAUUGUGAUCAGAGAUAACAAUUAUUCACUCUGAGGACGUCAUGCUAACUAUCUGGUGUGUUCAGGCACUGUCAUUAUUCACUCCACAUAUCAGCUUUUUGCCACCUGGAUCAGAAAGUAAGCACUUCUGAUGGAAACCUAAAAAGUUGCUGACUAGGUGCUGUAAGGAUCACCCAACACUUGACUGUAACAGACAUUUUUCCUGUGGAGACCAUUAUUUAAUACAAAAGAAACACUAGAACUUCGAAUGUAUUUUUGUCAUUAUUAUAGAUGUUUAUUAUAGACUUUCUCUGACUGGAACGUGAAACAUCAGUGUUGUCUGGACAUGAGAGGCUGGUCAAUCAAGUGUUGACAGUGCUUAGUUUAACUGACUCAUAGUGGUUAGUCAGCUUAACUGAUCCGAAACCAUUAACUGUCUUGACAAAGCAUUGCUUAGUCCAGAGACUUUACCAUUUCAAGAUCUAGACAUUUUUGCAUACAAAACAUGUGAUCAUCAGAUGAAAUUUGAAUACUAAAGGACAUUGAUCUACAAGGUUUACAAGGGGAUAAGAAAGUUGUUAGUCAUUUAGUUACAAUUCCACAUUAAUUGAAGGAUAAAGCUUGAAGUAAUUUCAUUGUAUAUUAAUUAUAUUCAUCAGGUAUUGUGAUGUAAAUAAACAUGAUCUAAG